AUGUUCCGGAGUGCUGCGGCGGCCGUGAACGUAACGGAACUGGGGGCCACAGGGGGGCCACGCCCUAAAGGGGGCCACACCCUAAGGGGGGGCCCCAGGGGGGCCACGCCCUCGACGGGGCUCCCCAGCCAGGGGCCGCCACCUCCGCCGUGCUCUAGCGUUGCCGCCUGGUGCCUGGACGUCCUAAUCCUCGUCCUCCAGGAUGAGGUCCUGGAGGGAGGCCUCGAUAGCGGCAACGACUUUACCAGCCUCCUGCCGGAGGGUUUCCUCCAGGAUGAGGUCCUGGAGGGAGGCCUCAAUAGCGGCCACAACUUUACCAGCCUCCUGCCGGAGGGUUUCCUCCAGGAUGAGGUCCUGGAGGGAGGCCUCAAUAGCGGCCACAACUUUACCAGCCUCCUGCCGGAGGGUUUCCUCCAGGAUGAGGUCCUGGAGGGAGGCCUCAAUAGCGGCCACAACUUUACCAGCCUCCUGGUGGAGGGUUUCCUCCAGGAUGAGGUCCUGGAGGGAGGCCUCAAUAGCGGCCACAACUUUACCAGCCUCCUGGUGGAGGGUUUCCUCCAGGAUGAGGUCCUGGAGGGAGGCCUCAAUAGCGGCCACAACUUUACCAGCCUCCUGGUGGAGGGUUUCCUCCAGGAUGAGGUCCUGGAGGGAGGCCUCGAUAGCGGCCACGACUUUGUCAGCCUCCUGCCGGAGGGUGACAAAGUCCAUCUCGAGAGGGCCGGCAAUGGGCUCCUCCCGUCGGUGUCCAGGAGACACCUCAGCCGCGACGUAAGAUCGAGCCCCGUCGCGGUGGGCUGCGGCGGCUCCGGCCUCAGCCACGCUCAAUGCCUGGUGAUCGGGCUGCACCUUAUGGAAGGAGACAGUGUACAUCCUCAAUUUAUACUUCUGUGAGUAUAUAAAAAAAGAU